AUUACUAUUACCUUUUAAAAAAAAAAAGUUUAUUAAUUUAUGGAAAAGUGUUUCGACUGCCGCACUAGAAACGAUCGAUUACUUGACCAUAAUUCUUUGUUUCCUGUUUUUUCCAGAACCUUCGCCGAUUCUCAAAUUCGCCACUAACAAUAACACUCCAUAACACCAUUUGGAAAAGGAGAAUCAGAGAAGAGCUACAGAAAAAUCAAAUGGCUGAAACUAGUAUCUCUGAGCCGGAAAUUGUGGCCAAACCUGAACUUAUAUACCGGUGUAAGAAAUGCAGAAGAAUCGUUGCUUCAGAAGAAAAUAUGAUUUCCCAUGAGCGUGGAAAAGGAGAAUCAAGCUUCAAGUGGAAUAAAAGAAGCAGUGGAUCCUGGGAAAAUAAAAAUCAACCAGAUGAUUGCACCUCAAUAUUUGUUGAGCCCAUGAAGUGGAUGCAAGCAGUACAAGAAGGUCAAGUGGAGGAGAAACUUGUGUGUAUGGGCUGUAAAGCUCGCUUAGGUUACUUCAACUGGGCUGGCAUGCAGUGCAGCUGUGGAGCCUGGAUCAACCCUGCUUUUCAGCUCCAAAAAAGCAAAUUGGAUGAGUGUUAUAUGUGAAUCAAUUUCUGUAAAACCAGAGCUUGAAAAAAGUAUGUUCUAAUGGUAGCUUUGUUUGGAAUAUUUUCUUGUACCCUUUUACUGUUUUAAACUAGGAGUAGGUUACAAGAUAUGGUUUUCAUAUGCUAAGGGUGGAUUUGGAUUGGUAUAUAACCUCCUUGUAUGGACUAAUAUAAUGGCAUACGUACUAGUGUGUAUGUUAGGAAGAACUUACGAAAUUAACCUGCAACAGAUUCAAAAGUUUUUUUUCGGUUUA